AUUCUACAGACACCACCUAAUAGAGUUCGUGAUCUACAUAAAGGAUGGCUCGGGGCCGGUGUAACCGAGAGAAACCACCUUGCAAGUAUUUCCAUCCCCCACAGCAUCUGAAGGACCAACUCUUGAUAAACGGGCGCAACCACUUAGCGCUGAAAAACGCGCUGAUGCAGCAAAUUCAGCAGGGCCUCACGCCGGGUCAGCCUCUCGUGCCCGGACAGGUACCCACAGUGGAGGCCCCGGCACCUCCGGCACCACACCAUCACCUUCAACAGCAAAUCCAGCAGCAACUUCUUGCUACUCACGCCUUUAUGGCGACGAAUCCGUACCUGACCGGUAUGCCGCAGGUUGGCAAUACGUACAGCCCGUAUUUCGCGCCCAGCCCGAUAAUGCCGGCGAUAAUGGGCCCGGCGGACCCAACGGGCGUCGGCAGUCCACUCGGCGUGGUGCCGCAGACAGUGGCGAUGCCGCAGAAGAUGCCACGUACCGACCGCCUCGAGGUAUGUCGCGAGUUUCAACGCGGGGCGUGCAAACGCGGCGAGACGGAGUGCCGGUUUGCGCACCCCCUCGAGACGGUGCAGGCGAACGAGGACGGCUCUGUGACGGUCUGCAUGGACGCUGUCAAGGGCCGAUGCAAUCGGGACCCCUGCCGCUAUUUCCACCCCCCUCUGCACCUUCAAGCCCACAUUAAGGCCGCACAAUCUCGGGCUAGCAUUGCGACGGCGACGAUGCCGACGAACGUGACGGGAAUGGGUACGUUGGCUGGCGGAGUAUCAGGAGUGCCGGCAACUGCGAUGCCCGGAGGACUUCAGAGCGCCGGUAUGGCGGGCAUCGAGCUCGGCAAGAAGCGGAUGCGCGACUCCAAUGAUGAUCUGCUAAUGGUACCACGGCUUAUGCAUGAAAUGGACAUGAAGUCUGUCGGGUCGUUCUACUACGAGAACUUUGCCUUCCAAGGGAUGGUUCCGUAUAAACGACCGGCGGCCGACAAGUCCGGCGUGCCGGUCUAUCAGCCUACCGGUGCGACGACCUAUCAACAGUUAAUGCAGCUGCAGCAGCCCUUCGUGCCUGUGUCAUGUGAGUACACUGGAACACCACCCCUACCCACCCAAACCUCUAACCAAUCGGUCGUGCAACCCCCGAACGUGCAAAGCAACCACCACGCGAUGGUGGUGCAAUCCUCCUCCUCCCAGGGAGCCGCUGGCGCCACAGUCAAUAACUGCGCUGACGCCAACAAUGGCGUGCUGAUGGAUCCCUGCAACAAUCCGCCGCCGCCACCUCCGACUGCUGACAAUAACAGUAACAAUAGUAACAGCAGUAACAAGCAGCAGGUUACCACGCAGAAUCACGAUGUCGAAAAUGCGCGUAACUCCCCCGAAUUGAAUCACUCGAGCCCAUCGUCGCUGCAGCAGCAGCAGCAACAGCAGCAACAACAGCAGCAGCAGCAGCAGCAGCAGGUGCAGGUUCAGCAACACCAACACCAACACCAACACCAACACCAACAUCAACACCAACAUCAACAGCAACAGCAGCAGCAGCACCAAAUUAAUCAGCUGACGUUGCCACCAGCGAUGAGCCCGUUGACCUCAAUGGCCGGUCUGACCUCGAUGCCCGGCGUGGUGAACAUGGCCGGUCUGACCUCGAUGGCUUCCAUGGCUUCCAUGGCGAAUAUGUCACCGAUAACAAGUAUGACCUCCAUGAGCAAUUAUAACUCUAAUAUGGCGAGUCUGAAUAUGCUCAACAGCCUCGGGAUGGCCUCUCAUUAUCGAGAUGGGUUACCAGCCCAUCUCGAUCCAGCGGCUCUCGCUAAAGAGGUUGCUCAGAAAAACUAUGCUAAAGCCAUCAAGCUCUCGCAAGCCUCGCAGUCUUACGGCCUCGGCCAGCUCGCCGCGCUUAAUUACACCGGCGUUGCUUUGAACAAACAAAACCUCGUGAAUCCCGCCGCGGCGGCCGCUGGGAAUCCCGCGGUGGCGGCAGCCAGUCUGCAAGCCACCGCGGCGACGCCCAGACCCGUCAUCUCGAGUCUGGCCGGUAUCCCGGGCGCCCUGACCUCACCGCUGUCCGCGGGUAUCCUAGCGUACUCCAGACCGCCGCCCACAGCGACCCCCCACAUAAACCCAUAUUCCCUAAUCAGACAACAGAUCUUGCCGAAUCCAUAUGUCCAAGCGUCGAUACCCGGCGCUGCGACCGUACAGACCUCGCCCUAUCACCAUGUCCAGAAUCCGUAUGCUGUUCUACCUGGAGUAGCCAGCGUACCCGGGGUAGCGGCCGCGGCCGCGGCUGCGGCUGCGGGUGUACCGCAGAUACCGCAGAUGGGCAAUCCGGCGACGAUAGCGGCGCAGCCGCAGGUAGCGAUCCCCGUGAGCUCCGGGGUGAUUAUGCAACCGUACAAGAAAAUGAAGACGUCGUAAAGACGUCCUUGCCUGGGCACGGGAGGACUCGUCUCUUCUCACGAGAGUGCCGUUCCUUCCUUCGGGCACCUUCCAUUCUCUCCCUCGCGAGAACGAGCGAACGAUUUCCGCGAUAGUCGCUAUCGGACGAUGAUUGCCGCUACCAAUCGCGCGGUAGCCGUGCAGCAUUUUAGAUAAUUCUAGAGUAUCUCUUUACGAUUAGCGUUCAAUUGCGGAGACGAAUGACGGAUCGUAAAAAUUAUUACGAUCCCAAAUAGACUUUCGCAAUUGUAUUUUCGUAGUUUCGUAGUUUCAGUCUCAGUAAGAUUGAUAAGAACGGUUAGAAAUAAUAGCGUUUGUGGAAAUAAAAAGCUUUUUAAGAUUAAUAAAAUACAUUAAAUCUAUAAAAUUGAGCUAAAUGAAUAUUUGAUAUAUUAGUUUACAAUAACUCAGUGGGAAUUAGUCCUAGAAUGUUAUACUUUUCGGCAUAAAUUACAUAGUGGAGAUUAAGUGGAGACAGUGAACUUCUUGUCAUACGUUGUUAUUUGAUUUUUCUAUAUUUUGCUGAUAAAAAUGUUUUAAAGAGAGAAAGAGAGAGAGAGAGAUAGAGAGAGAAUGUAUGUACAACAUAUACAUUCUUUAUACGCCAUGUACAAAAUAUCGAAUUGCAAUUUGUUAGCUUUAAUUUUAUUCGAUACUAUUAAAAAAAAUUACGUAUUUAAAUCUUCGACUACAUCGACUACAUCGAUGGAACGAAAAAUGUAGAAAAACAAAAGUGCAGUCCUAAGAUAUUAAUCUCUAUCGCCGAUGCUCAAAAAGCGAGAAAUCGGUCUUUGUUCGCGAGAGGGAGAGAAUAUUCAGUUGAGCGAUUGCUGAGACGAGAGAUGCUGAUAUAAAGAAACAAGUUCCGAAAAUAGAUUCAUUUUCUAGUCAGACAUUGUCGGUGAACAGUGCCUUAUUGACCCAAUUCCAUUUGGAGCGUUAUAAGCGUACAACUGCAGAAGAGAAUGGUGAACGAUGCGAGGAAGUGCGGGAUUUUUUCCCGUUAUAUUAACCUGAUGCUUGCUUAAAUGACUGAGGGAGACAUGACUACCGUUCCGAUCUUAUUUCCGUCGAAAUAAAUCUGAAUUUAAUUUCGACCGGAAAUUUUGACUUGCCGGUAAAGACUGCGUUCGAAAGAAGGCGAGAAAGAGCUUGCGAAAAGUUGAGCGUGGCCGAAGUCUUGAAUUACAUUAAUUAUCUAUUUUACUAUUUGAUUUUUUCCUCUAGAAUAAUAGGGAUUUGCGACAUACUUGAUAUAGUUUUUAACUUUGCCGAUAAUUAGCGUUGUUUUACUGUAGAGAACUAUUGAAAAUGUUAUGUGUCGUUACGUGGCUCCGUUUUGUUCUUUUAAUAAGCUAAAUUAUUGUAAAUAAGUCAACUUGCGCCGUAAGUACGGCAUUGCAAUAUUUUUAUUUCGGAAUUACACAAAUUUUCGUUAUAGCCAUUCGUCCAAUUUUAACGUAUAACGUCCGAAACAAGGAAGAUAAAAACGACGCUCGGCCUAUGUCACGUUAUGUGCGAUACUUGCCUUUAAGUCCAUAGUGUUAAUUAGCGUUCGCGAUUAGAGUUCUUGAAAUAAUUAUUAUUCGACGUUAGAUUAUUUUAUUAGAGCACGGUUUGCUUGUUUACAUAUUGUAGUAAUAUGUUCAAAAUUUUAUUUUAUUUGUUCGUCUUGGAAGGAAGUUAAAUAAUGUUAAAUAAGAAAAAAAUCGCGCAAAGUAAAUUGGUUUUAACAUUUUAGCAUUACGUAGUGCAUUCAGAAAACUGUUUUCUUCGUUAUCACAUAAUAGAUUUUGGAUUACACGUGACUUGUGCGUGAUAUUUGUUAAUAUUUAAAGAAAAUUGUUUUAAAAUUUUUAUCGACUUGACCUAUCUUUUUUUUUUUUUUUUUUAGUUAGAUAUAAGAAUAUACAUUAUGUCUGUAUAUGGCGACAUAUAUUUCCUAAAAACACCUUGCACAUCGAGUAUAAAUUUGGACUGGAAGAUGCGACGCUUCCAGUAGGCCCUUAGUUGUCAUGUAAUAUGCGUAGAAAUUAGGGUAGUUAUUUGUUUUAUACUUAGUGUAUCUAUUAUAUUUAGCGUAAGCGUGCUCGAACACAACGUACUCUUCUGUCCUGGUGGAUUCAAUUCGGGGGAGUCUGUUGCACACAGUGAACUUCGUCAAUUGCGACCUAUGAGCUUAUGCAUUUAGCCAUUUUAGCCGAAUGAGAGAAGUACGGAAAACAAUUGAGAAAGAGAAAGAGAAACACGGCGAGUCCGCGGGAUAUGCGGAUGUAUUUACGUGGAAUUGAACGAAGAAAGAGGAGGGAGAGUAAAAAUUGAUCGGUCCAACCUUGAAGGCGGUGGGACGGGAAGGGAAAAUGUCUCGUCGAUUGCCUCUCGAGGGUUGGAAGAAAAUGAGUUCACAUGCGCAUCGUGGUACACGACCGCACAAACAUUACUCUUAAAACACUCACACGACUUACAUGAUAGACACUGCGUAUAUUUUUAUUAAUUUGCGCAUAUAACGGUAAGAGAGAAAAGCGAUUGUGCGGUGUUAGUUGAAAGAGCGCAAUUCGUACGCGAUAAAACACAGGGAGACGUAUUCACGCUGGCAUUUACUUUCCUCUCUUCCGCAUGUCCGCAUUCACGUGUCUGCCAGUGAUUUGAAAGUUUGUUUAAGU